UAUGUAAGUGUAAUCAAGCUCCAUACAAAAUACAGCAAUCUGGUUUGUUUUUGUUGUUGUUUUUUCCAAAAUACAGCACCCUUUUAUGGCUACUGUAGUCAUCCUGCAUGAGACAAACUGUAAUCGUUCCUGUAUCCAGGAGGAUUUCUAACUUCUCUCCCAGCUUCCAACUGUGCCACCACGUUGCCCAUCUGCCCCUGCCCCUGGGGUUCCCUGGUGCACCGUGAGCAAAACCUGCCCUGACCUUCCGCAGGACACGUCCCUGCAGAGCCCCACCAUCCAGCCAUGCUGCGUUUCCUUUGGGAGAGCAUCUCCAUCCAGGUGUUCCUCGUCUUCCUUGUUGUUUUCCUGCUUGUUGGUGACUACAUGAAGCACAAAAAGCCCAAGGGCUUCCCUCCACAACCCUUCUAUCUCCCCAUCCUGGGGCACAUGUACCUGAUGAACUUCAGCAAUCCAGCAGUUACACUGCAGAAGCUUAUUGAAAAAUAUGGUGACAUCUUUGGCGUGGACAUGGGCAGUGAAUCAUAUGUGAUCAUUAAUGGGCUGCGGAUGCUUAGGGAAGUUCUUGUAAACCAAGGGGAAAACUUCCUGGAUCGCCCUGAAUUGCCUGUUGCUGGGGAGGUCUUCAAGAACAGGGGAGUGCUCACUUCCAAUGGGCACUUGUGGAAGCAGCAGAGGAGAUUCACCUUGUCCACCCUCCGAAACUUCGGCUUGGGGAAGAGGAGCCUGGAGGAGCGCAUCCAGGAGGAGUGCCGGUACCUCGUGGAUGCGUUUGGGGAUGAGCAGGGGAGUCCUUUUGACCCUCACUUUAAAAUCAAUAACGCCGUUUCAAACAUCAUCUGCUCCGUCAUCUUUGGGAAUCGCUUUGACUACCAUGAUGAGGACUUCCAAAAAUUGCUGCGGCUGAUAGACGAGACCCUUACCCUCAGCGGGGCCACCAUGAGCCAGCUGUACAAUGCUUUCCCAUCCAUAAUGAAGUUCUUACCUGGAGCCCACCAAACCGUUUUUAAAAACUCAAGGUUGAUGAGAAAUUUUGUGAAAGAGAGGAUUGACAAACACAAGGAGGACUGGAACCCCUCGGAGAGCCGGGACUUCAUCGACUGCUACCUGCAGGAGAUAGCCAAGGACAACGGUGAUGGCAUCUUCCAGGAGGAAAACCUCAUGGCAUGUGCAGUUGACUUGUUCUUAGCUGGGACCGAGACCACUUCAACAACCAUCCGCUGGGCUCUGCUGUUUAUGGCCAUGUAUCCAGAAAUCCAAGCCCGCGUGCAAGCAGAGAUCGACACGGUCAUUGGGCAGGCACGACAGCCAGCUCUGGACGACAGGAGCAACAUGCCCUACACCAACGCCGUCAUCCACGAAGUGCAGAGGAAAGGCAACAUCAGUCCUUUCGGCGGGCCAAGAAUGACAGUGAAUGACACAGUUGUGGAUGGCUUCUACAUACCAAAGGGCACUAGUGUGCUCACAAAUUUCACCUCUGUGAUGUUUGACCAGAACGAGUGGGAAACUCCUGACACUUUUAACCCCGGGCAUUUCCUGAAGGACGGUCAGUUCUGGAGAAGAGAGGCUUUUAUACCAUUUUCCAUAGGGAAGCGCUCCUGCCCGGGUGAGCUGCUGGCCCGCACCGAGCUCUUCCUCUUCUUCACGGCUCUGCUCCAGAAAUUCACCUUCCAGGCACCACCAGACACCACACUCAGCCUCCAGUUCAAGCUGGGCAUCACACUGGCCCCGAAACCCUACAAGAUCUGUGCUGUGCCUCGGUAGGGAAGCCUUGGCCACUGUCCUCACAGGGAAAGGCAUUUGCCAUGGAUGCUGAAAAUGAGCCCUCGGCUGCUCCCCUGGGUGGAGGCAAUGACCGCCUGUCUGCAGGGAGAGGCUGGGCAGUUUGUUGGUUUCUUUCCAAGCAACUGCAAAAUAAUUUCAUUAAAAAGCAGACUUUGCACUCUGUAUCACAGGGGAAAGGUGAUCAGCCUGGGAUCUGCCAGGGCACUUAAUCUUGCGAUAAGGCACUGUAAAUCAAAGAAGGGCUUGGGCUUUUCCGUCUUUGAUGAUGAAUGGCCACGCUACCCAUUGGCAGGAGAAGGAGCAACACUUAGAGACUGCAGCGUUCAGGCUGUGGCUGUGAGUUGUGAAAGAGCACUACAAGCCUUUGCUUUAAAACAUUCAUGCAAGUACUCAUUGCUAACUGGUCUUUGUUAUCCUUGACUAGUAAUCCAUUAAAAAAGUCACUCAAAUACAUCUUAUUCUUGUGCAUCAAUAAAUCCUUACCAAAA